CAUGAAAUAUUAACACCCAGCGCCGGGAUGGGCUGGCACCAAGAACUUCUGUUGGGAUUUUUUGGGGGAUGUAUCGGGGAGCAAAGCCUUGCUGCUGAUCCUGGAACGUCUCGGUGCUGUCCGCAGGGUGAUCCCGUCCCUGUCCCUGUCCCUGUCCCCGCCGGGGUCUCCAUGCGAGCCCAGCCCCGAUGGCCGCGGUCCCGAGCGCUGGGAUCAAGCGCAAGCCGGAGGAUGCGGGAUCGGGAUCGGGAUCGGCCCCAUCCAGCGGCGCCACCUCGGACGACGAGAUCGCCACGAGCGACAGCGGCGACAGCUGCGACAGCGGCAGCUCCGGCAGCGCCGGGCCCCCGUCCAUCCUGCGGCGCUCCCGGGCGCGCCGGGGCGGGAAGCGCGUGCGCUUCGCCCAGGUCACCGUCUACUACUUUGCCCGGCGCCAGGGCUUCACCUGCGUGCCCAGCGCUGGUGGCAGCUCCCUGGGCAUGGCCCCGAGGCACCACCGUGCCCGCAGGUACAGCCUCAGCCAGUUCGCUCACCUGCGCCAGGUGAGCCACCGGCAGCACCUGCGGCAGCACCUCCGCAGGGAGAAACUGCGCGCCAGGAGGAGGGAGCUGACCCAGAAUGGGACGGUGCCGUCGGCCGAGGCUGCGGGGCUCACCUUGGCCGACGUGUCCGACGACGACCUGGACAUGGGGCAGGUGGAGGUGGGCGAUUAUUUCUACCUGCAGCCGCUGCCGACCAAGCGGCGCCGGGCGCUGCUGCGCGCCUCGGGCGUGCGCAGGAUCGACGCCGAGGAGCGGCAGGAGCUGCGGGCCCUGCGCCUGUCCCGAGAGCAGUGCGGCUGCCUCUGCCGCCUCACCUGCGAGCCACGCACCUGUGCCUGCAGCCAGGCCGGCAUCCAGUGCCAGGUGGAUCGCACGUCGUUCCCGUGUGGCUGCUCCCGGGAUGGCUGCGGGAACGUGGCCGGGAGGAUCGAGUUCAACCCCCUGCGAGUCCGCACCCACUUCCUGCACACCUUGAUGAAGCUGGAGCUGGAGAACCGGCGGGAGGAGGAGGAAGAGGAGGGAGCAGCUGCUCUCCCUGGCCCCACCUGGCCGCCCCCACAGCCCCCUGAGACUCAGGACUUCCAGGAAUACCUGGCGGAGAACGAGCGGGCGGUGCUGCACCUGCAGACGGCCGAGGAGCUGGAGAGGCUGAAGGCUGAGGAAGACUCUGGAAGUGGCUCUGGGGGAGAGGGGGGUGGGGUCUGUGUCCUGGGGGAGCACCUGGAUGAUACCUGGCAGGUGAAACCGCCCCAGUGCCCUGGGCUCACCUCCACCAUCCUCAUCCCAGCCCAGUUCCCCCUGGAAUCUUCUGUCCUGUGCUACCCCCCGGGGCAGCCAGCCCAGGUGAGUUCCCAGCCUUACCUGGCCGAUGCACCUGGGCUCUACUGCCAGAUAGAGCCAAGGGCAGGUGCCAAGGGUGACAGUGGCCAUGUGGAGCAUCCAGCUCCAGCCUCCAGCCCCCCGGGGAAGGAGCUGGGGGUUCCACCUGUCCCUGCUGCUGUGAGCAAGGGAGGAGCACCUGAAAAUCUGCCAGAGCACCUGGAGCACCCCCACCUGCCCAUAUGAGUGGCCUCAGGCCCUCUGGCUCUGUUAUUUAUUCCAUGGAUUGAUUAUUUAAUUUGUGUGGGCUGCUCUGGACACAGGAUUUACCAGGCCCAGGGUGAGGAGUCCUUCACUCACCUGGCAGGGGUCACCUGUGCCAGGACUUACCUGAGCUGCAGCCUUCUGGAUCCCACGGCAGCUUUGUCCCCCCUGGCUGCCUCCACUUUCCUUGUUUUUAAGGGGAAAAAGCCUUUUUUCCCUAAUUCUUUUUUGUUUAAUGAAUGUUUCACCUGGGCCUGGUGAUGCUUGCACUCACCUGCAGCUGGGAUGGAUUGGGAAACACCUGAAACUGGCACAAGAGACCCAGGACUGGAAUCCCCAAACUCACCUGGAAGAUUUUGGGAGGGGUUGAACCAAGUUCAUCUCGUUGGCUCCAUCAGCUGGCAUUGAUCACCUGUACCUGUCAAAACCUUCUGGAAUGCUCAUUCACUUGCUGGGAAAACCCUGAGGGGUUGGAGCUGCCUUCCAAGGACCAGGAUUUGGGAAUGCCCCUGUCCCUACCUGUGAUCCCAGCCCAUUCCAGGUGGGCUCUGUGCAUCCAGAUGCUCCUGGACUAAUUCCAGCAGGAUCAGAGCCCUGCAAGUGUGCACAGAUGUCCAACUCCUGGUAUCCUGUGGAUGUGGUGUUCCUGCAGAACCUGACUCCUGGAGCACCUGGAAUUCCCUGUGCUGCUCCUCGGGUGCUGCCUGCUCACCUGGGCUCCUUCUGGCUCCUGGCAUCUCCACUGGCAUCAAACUGGUCAGACUGGGAUGGAUUCAGGUUCUCCAGGUGUGGAUUCUGCAGAGUCACCUGGACUGGGAUUCAUGGAGGACCCACCUGUGCUUCGGACCUUCCUGAGGCUCUGGGAUCUGUUUUGGGGUGAAACUUGUCAUUUCUGGGGCUUUUCCCUCUUUCUUUGGCUCCAGCCAGGUGAGAUCAACCUGGGCUAGGAGCAAUUCCAGCCUGGGAGGAGGCAGGAGUGGGGGAAGAUCAGGAUGUGGGGUGAGGCUGCCUGUUCUCCAGCCCAGCCCAGGUUGGGUCUGUGCCCUUGAGAUUUGCUUACCUGGCUGCUCUUGGAUUCUGGGAUCUGCUCACCUACUUGGGUCUGUGCCCCAAAUCCUGCACUGUGCUCACCUGGACCCUACAGACUGUGGGAUCUGCUCACCUGGACACUCAGACCCUGGAUCUGCUUACCUGGUGGGAUCUGCUUACCUGGACACUCUCAGACCCUGGAUCUGCUCACCUGGUCCGGUCUGUGCCUUCACAACCUCCUCACCUGGAUGCUCCCAGACCCUGGGAUCACAGGGGCCCAAACCCCCCAACCCAGCUGGUGCCACCCCUUUAUUUUCCUGACUUUUUGUUUUCACCGUUGGCUUUUCCAGCAGUUUUCCCACACUGGGGUCUGACCCCUGGCAGUUUUGGGGGUUGAGGGUCCCCUGGUGUCCUUGGAGGUCACGUGCCCCCUGUGGAGGGGCUAAAAAGGGGGUUCAGUAAGAGGUUAGGGUUUAAAAG